GUGCCAUUCUCCAUGAAGCUUUCUCCAUCUCCAGCCCUGAGGACAACACUGUAUCUCCGCUUUAUUGCUCCCUGUUUGACCUAAAUACAGCAUUAUCAACGGUCCCUCAAGGCAGACUAUCACACAGCCAAAGAUAGGCUCUGAAGAACGACACAGUCUCGAGGUUUUUUUCUGGAGUGAUUCUUCGUCUCUUCAAGACGAAAUUUCCGCCUGGAUCUCUUACAGCUGAAGCUUGAGCUCCGUUUGCUCUCGUUCGUUGCGUCGGGAUGGUUUUCGCGGAUCAGAAAUCACUACUGGCUGGAAACAAAACACGUUCUCCGGAAUGAUUUUAAAUAAACCUGGGAGUGUUUUCUUUUUUGGUUUAAAAAAAGUGAAAAUCGUCCUGGAAGUACAGAAAAAGUCAAUAUGCUCGAAGAUACAGCGCCAAGACUGAAGCCGUGUCCUCCGUCGAGAGGUUCAUCGUUUUACAUUGAGAAUUUGCUGGGGACUACUUACAGAGGGACUUCCGCUGAGGAGCGGGAGACUCCGAGCUUCAAAGUUACCGUUCACGGCCACGUCUGUCCGGGACUGGGAACAAAACGUCUCGACGACGGUGCACAAGUGCUGAACUGGAGCGGGACAUCACCAAACACAGCGCACGGGACCUCCAGCAGCCCACUGCAUGAAGGUGAACGCACAGACCACGAGCCGACGAGCGACCGGGAUUCCCCUUCUUUGACAGUGCGGGCGGAGGAGAGCGAGGAGCCGGAGGAAAAGGGGGACGAGAGUUUGACGGACGACAGGGAGGAGGAGGAGGACACACGCUCCACCUGCUUCUCUCGCGAAGACAUCUGCGAUGCAGGUCAAGUGAAAGCGGUGCGAAAGAAGAAGACCCGCACCGUGUUCAGCCGGAGUCAGGUGUACCAGCUCGAGUCCACUUUCGACCUGAAGCGCUACCUGAGCAGCUCGGAGCGGGCCGGGCUGGCCGCCUCACUGCAGCUCACCGAGACCCAGGUGAAGAUCUGGUUCCAGAACCGCAGGAACAAGUGGAAGAGGCAGAUCGCUGCGGACAUGGAGGCCAGCAGCGCUGGCGUCGCCUACGCUGCCCAGAGGGUCGCCAGGGUUUCUGUGUUGUAUCGCGAGAAUGUCGCCACGCCUGUGACGCUGACCAGCCUGCCUCGAGUGUCGCCACCUGUGGUCGGCUUUUCUAAUUCCAUCAACUACCCAUUGACUUCCCACUUCACCCAUCCGGUGUCGUUCAUAACACCACAGAUGACCGGACUGGUGUGACUUUAAGUGGUGUUUAAGCCGGGUAUAACUUUUGACUCUUUUGGCACCAAUUAAUCAAAUAAAGAUGCUGCAAAACUAUUCAUUUUAGUUCAGUUUCAGAUCCUGUGAAGUCAGAUAUCAAUAAAGUCGAUUCAUCCUGUGUUUAACUGGUUCUAUAAAUGCAGCCAGAUUUAUAUUAAGGUGAUGAUCCUUAUUGGCUGCUUUAAAGUCCUUUAAACAAGACCAUUUCUCCACAUUAGCAGUGUUUUUUUUUCUAAUUUGUUUUCAACUUAAGUCAUUUUAAGAUUCAGUGCUAGAUGUUGUGACUACGAAAGAUGUUGUUGCCUAUUUGAGAUGCCCAUAUUCCCAGCCAAUCCUGCCCUCAGGUCACACAUAGGUUAAGUAUAGAUUUUUUAUGGGGGAUGAUUUGUUUCACAGAAAUUGUAAGAAUGAUCCACAUGGGAUCAAAUAAGGGCCAAUAAGAUUUUGAGCUUGUGGAAUGCACCUGUGGUUGUAUAUGAGCAUUUAUAAACCUAUGGGAGGGGGGGGGGGUCAAAAUCGAGAUUGUGAAGUAAACACUCAUAUAAGUUACAAAUUUGCAUUUUGGUCCUGCUGUUACAGCCAAAAUUUGCACUAUCAAUUCACUUUUUUAAAUUUACUUGUACUUUGUGCUUUUAAUCUGUACUCCUCUGACCAGUACAAAUUUUUUCAACAAACUUGAAUAUCUCAUGCAGAGUUUUGUCACAGGUUUUGCGAAGGCUGAGCUACAAUCGCAGGUCUUGAGAUUCUUUCCCAACAGUAUUCCACACGCUCUGAAUCUUUUUGACCCUUAUUUGAAGCUCAUUCACGUAACUUUGGGACUAUUCUGCACUGUAUCCUUGGACCAUAUACGUGAUCAUUUAAGAAAAGGCAUCUGGUGUUUGUGAGUUUUGAUGCUGCGAGCAUGGGUACGUUGUUAGCAGUAUUCUCUGACACUUUUUUAAUUUAAGAGAAUUUUAAUACAGACUUUUGUACACUUGAUAUGUUCACAUGUGAAUAAAACGUAUGCACAAAUAAA